AAACGAAAAAUAACUAACCAUCAAUAACCUAAAAGUUUUAACGAGGAGCAAAAGUCAAAUAAAUAUGUCACGAAAACGUUUUAUUAUUUACCGUUAUUCAUUUUCAUGUCAUCAUAAUGCGCUCACAUCAAAAUCCUCGUAAGAAUUGUCAAAAUCAGUGGAUCUGAGUUACUCACCUCCAACGAGAGAUCGCAACAUCACGACCGACCCCUGUUUUUUGUAUGCACUGAGUUGUGUAGUGGUAGUGGGUUCGGUUUCGCCUGGUGUACUUGCGUUUGAAUCGUUUUCCCGGUGUUUCUCCCGUCGUCGUCGCCCCCCGGAAGGAUGUUUAGAAUUGUCAGUGCAUCGGCGACACGUUUCAAUCAAGGGAGGUGCAGUAAUGGAGGCGCAACAUCUAGAAUAUAUAAAAACGUGAGGUGCUAUAGUAAGGAAAACCAAAGGAGCGAACUAUGUCCGCCUCCACCGCCGCCAAAAGGACCCAGCACUGGAAUUGGAAUGACAAUUGGGGUCCUAGCGUUGGCUGGUGGGGCUGUAAUUGGUUACGCAAAGUACGAUCCUGAUUUUCGUACCAUUCUCACCGAGUAUGUUCCAUUCACCGAUGAGGUUAUUAAGGUUGUUUUUCAAGAAGAAAAAACAUUCAUGGAGUACAUCCGGGAAAUCUUUGAUAGCUUGACUGGGUCUGGCGAUGGAGCACAUUCUCAUCAUCAACCGGUUAAAGAAGUCCCCAAAGAUUAUCAUCCUCCAAGUCCAUUAUUUCCUGGCGUUGUAAAAGAAAUAAAAGAAGAAGAGGUCAAAUACAACGAAAUACGUUUGGAAUCAAAGGAUAAAGACACACCUGAACCUCUAAUAGAAAUAGUUGAUCCAAAACCACCAGAAAUGCCACUCCCACCCGAUCAUCCUAAAAACCUUGUUGACAUUGAACGGGACAUCAACAACGCCGCUUCUCAAGCUGUAAAAGCGUACAACACCGCGAUAUACGCUUUAAAAAAUUAUAUGAUGGACGUGGACGAUUUUGUGGAGAACUCAGUUGACAAAAUCGACCCGUCUAUUUGGAGUUCGCUUAAAGUAAAAGCAAUAGCUAAAGAGGAGGCUAUUACAAAGGCGGAAGAUGAAGCCGCUGUGGCAAUGAGAAAUCUAAAAAAACUAAAAGAUUUAAUCACUCGCAACGCAAGUUUAACCGAAGACGUUAAAGAUCAAGCAAUAAGAAAUUUAAAUAAAGUGUCUGAGGAUAUAGCGACGGCCAAACGCGAACUUGAAGCUGAAAAGAAAAUGUCGAACAUCGCGGAUAAAUAUUGGAACAAGGUUUCGGAUGCUCGGCAAACUUUCGCGGAUGAAUUGAAAAUUUUGUUUCCAAAUAUGGAUUUAAGCCAGAAAAAAAUAGGUAUCAGUGAGGGCGAUUUAGAUUUGUUCAUAAUUCAAGCGAUGUCGAAAGUCAUGUUUUAUCAAAAAGAAUUGUACCGUAUGGAAACUUUGGGCGAUGAGCGACUGGGAAAAGCUGUCGAUGCAGCUAGAAAAGGAGGACUUGAAGUUUUAACGACAGAACAAGUGUGCAAAGAGAUGGAUAAAUCACGAAGAAAAAUUGAAGAGGAAUUCCAAAAAAAAUGUUUAAAAUUACGUAAAGAUAGCGAACAUGAAUUACGAUUACAAUUAAAAUUACAAUCGGAGGCAUUCGCGGAUCAUUUAAACGACGCCGUUAAAACGCGCGAAUUAGAAUUAGAAAGAAAAUUAACAAGAGCUUUUGACGAACAGUUAACUGAAGAAAGGUGCAAGUUUAAAACGCAAGUGGCUGGAAUGAUAGGACGGUUACGAGGAUUAGAUGGAGCAAUAAAAGGAUUAACAGCUCGAACGGAAGCUGAUAAAGCAGCUCAUCAAGCUCAAGUACUUUGGAGCGCGUGUCAAGCACUUUAUAAAUCCAUCAAAGUUGGCUGUCCAGGUUUACCGUGGACUGAUCAAUUAAGACCUCUUGAACCGGAAAUAACUGCAGUAGAAAGCGCAGCUGCCGAAAAUGAUGAAUUGGUGAAGGUGGUAGUUCAAGGAAUACCGGAGGUGGCUAAAAAUCGUGGUGUUUAUCCAGAAGAUGCUUUAAGAGAGCGAUUUAUUAAAGUUGAAAAAAUGGCGAGUCGAUUAUCUCUUGUACCGGAAGCGGGGGGUCGUCUCCAUAUGUACCUUUUGUCGUUUUUGCAGUCCAUGUUAUUAGUGAAGGCGGCGAAUCCCAUUCCGCAAUCGGAAUUAAACGACGAAAAGACCGAUUUUACUAAUCUUAGUACUAAUGAAAUAUUUCAAAGAGCUAGAUAUUGGUUAGAUAGAGGGGAUUUUGCACAAACAUUAAAAUAUAUGAAUUUAUUGAGUGGAGCACCGCGUGUUAUAUCAAAAGAAUGGAUGGAAGAAGCGAGGAUUCUUCUUGAAACACAACAAGCGGCGAAUACAUUAAUGGCUCAUGCCGCUGCGAGCGGUUUGAUUUAUUUGUAGGUUCCUUUUUUUUUGUUUUUGUCGAAAAAAACUUAAGAAUUGUAUUGAUAAAAGAAACGAAAACGGUAAAGAAAAUAACGGUUGUAUAGAGUCGGCUUGAUUUAAGUUAAUAAAUUUAAAGCGGAAGCGACAGAGAAUAUGCAACUCUUUUCAAUUCGUUCAGUAUAAAUGUAUCUAAAUAAUAUGAAAUAAUUUAAUUGAAAAUUGUGUUAAGAGAAAUCCUAUAAAUACCUGCACCUCUCUGCCUUAAGCAUUUCUUUUUUUGUUGAAAUAUGGUUAUUCUAAAAGUAGUUGUUUUAUGGAUUUCUUUUAACUUUGUUACUGUUAUUUUUUUUUUUUGUUUCAAUUUAAGUGCUAUGUAAUUCCGUAGCAGUUUUAUGUUUGUCAAAAAAAUGUUAAGAAAUUUAAAUAAAAACUUCAACAAUCUAUAA